AUGUAUUCUUUUGUAUACUUAUUUUUAAAUGAGUAUUCAAUACAAAUUGGAUAUUGUUAUGCAACACAAAUAUUGCCAGAAACUCAAUCAGAAUAUACACGAAAGGAGAAUCGAGUACAUUUGUGUGGAAGUGAUUUAAUUCAACAUGUUAAACUUGUUUGUGGAACACGUGGACUUUAUACACCAUUUGCUCCUCGAAGAUCAUGGAAUCGUCUCUCUCAUUUGGAAGGAUUAUUACAAAGAAAUAAACGUUUUGAAGACCUGUGCACUCUGUAUAAAAUCUAUGAACCGGAUACAGUUGUUACCCAGUGCUGUUGUAUUGGUUGUACACAAGAUUACUUAGAACAAUUUUGUAAUCCAUAAUAGGAUAUUUUUCUGAUCUUGAAGACAAUAAG